AUGUCAAACAGCCCUCAGGCUAGCCUUGCUGGCCUGGAUGAGCUGUCCUCCUCUUUCGCAGAAAUCUUUGAUGCGAUUGAUAGCCUUAGGUCUGCGGGGUUGGAGCGGGAAUUGAUCCCUAAGCUUGUUGUUGUUGGUGAUCAGAGCAGCGGUAAGAGCUCAGUUCUGGAAGCCAUCUCCCAGAUUCCCUUCCCCGUGGACAAAGAUCUUUGCACGAGAUUUCCGACGGAGGUCGUGCAAAGAAAGUCGCCUGAGGAGCUCGUCACAGUUUCGAUCCAUGUGGUCGAACCAACACCGAAGCAUGUCCCGUCGCGAGACUUUUCUAGGUCUCUGUCUAUCCACGACACGACCAAGUUGAUCGCAACAAUCCAGGAGGCGUCAACGAUGAUCCUCGGAGCUUCGACAGGCCAAAAUGAGAUUUCUCGCUUCAGCAACAACAUACUGAGGAUUGAAGUCUCCGGACCAGAACGGUAUCCUCUCACUUUGGUAGAUCUCCCUGGCUUCUUUUCAUCGGCCACGGAGAAUCAAAGCCUUGCGGACAAAGAGCUAGUGGACCAGAUGGUGGAAGGCUACAUGAGAGAGCCGAGAAACGCAUUAUUGCUUGUCAUCAGUGCAAGGGUGGCGUAUCCCAAUCUCCGAGCUCCUUCUGAGGUCUCCAAGAUCACUGUUGACCCCAGAGGUUAUAGAAGUCUUGGUAUCGUCACCGGUCUUGAUGGUCCCUUCAAUGAUGACGAAGACGAGGUUACUUCCUUGUUUCAUGGACUCCAGUUGAAAGAAGGAACAACCGCGAUAGGGAUGACAUCGAAAAGGUUGGAACACCAGUUCAAAGAACUGGGAAAGAGUCGGUCGACUGAGCAGUCACAGCGCAAUUACCUCAUCCAAAUGGCCAAAGACUUCCGCCUUCUUGCUUCUAGUGCCGUUGAUGGACACUAUGGAACAGCCACCAUGCCUCCUCAUCUACAGGACUUCUUCGAUCGUGGUGACGAAACACAGCAGAAAAGGCAGGACAAAAAGUUACAAGCUGUCGUGAGGGCUAUGAGCCAAUUGUUCUGUGCGGUCAUGAAUGCGAAGGGAAGAACUACGAGGAUCCUACAAGAGCCCUUAGAAGAUGAUUCAGCGUCUGAAUCUUCUGAUGCCGAGAGUCAUCCAACACGCCGAACUCGUAGCGAUUUCGAAGAACACGAAUCCAGUGUGAAACGUCCAGUACUACAUCGAAGCACCACCAUUUCCACAGAAGACGGCGAUGAGCACCAGAGAGAGGAUGCUAUUUUGGAAGCCAAAAUAAAGUCCUACGAAGGAAUCCUCGCUAUCGACGUGCUUCUCGCUUACCAGUCAUAUGAGCCAUCAAUCGAACAAACAUACGACCAGGUCGAGGAGAGAGUGAUGCAAUUGAUAGCAAGGCAUAGGGGAAAGGAAAGCCUAGUUGAGAUCAACCCAGACGUGGUGCGAACGCUGUUUCGAGAGGAGUCCUCACGAUGGAGACAGAUAUCACGCAGCCACUUGAUCAUGGUGUGGGAAGCUGUGAAACGGUUUGUGGAUUCAGCACUCGAAUAUUGCGUCGACUCGUCUGUUCUUGACGACCUCAGACGUCUCGUCAUCCAGGACCAGCUCAAGACCUUGCUUCGAAACGCGUCUAAGAAACACGAGGAGCUUCUUGGGUGCCACGACGAUGUCAAUACUGCUUUUUACGACGCCAUGGAGGGACUUACUCUAUCGCCCAGUUCAUGGCGAAAGGCAGCCCCAUCUGUUGUCAAAAUGGGAGAUAUCAUAGGCCAGAUAGUCCGCGAUCAGGUCAACAACAACCUCACGGUACAGAAGGUCGAAAAGGUCGUCAACGGCUUUUGGGGACAGCACGGGCCUUUGACAAGAAAAAAGGAGACUUUCGAAGCAAAAGGCGCAAUUGUGCAUCAUAUUCUUACAAAGCUACAGGAAUUCCUUCAGGUUGAUGAUCUACAGAGCGAGGUUAGAGAUCAGGUGGAGAAUAGCUAUCGGGAAGAUUUCGAGAAGACAGCGGCACAACACGCGAUUAAAGUUGUGAAUGAGUUUUAUGAUAUAUCCCUUGUAGGCUUCAUGCUGUACAUGAAUGCAAUGGUCAUACAGAAUUGCUUGCUAAAGUCCUUAAUUUCUGAGGUUUUUACGGAUGACAUCGUGAGGGAGAUGGAUGCGGAAACUCUAAGUGCAGUUGCUGGUGAGAAGGAGGCUGAUGCUGGGAAGCGGGUUCAGUACAGUAAUGUGAUGUGUGACGUGACCCGUCACCAUGAACCACAGCAACAGCAAGAUUAG